AUGGGCAGCAUCAACGACCACAUCCUCAUACCUCAGAUCGACAAGCUACUCGCCCGUGUCAAGCUCUACGUCGCUCAACAACACACCGAACCUACAAGCGAAUGGAAGCUAGACUUUCACGUUUAUGGAAAAGGUCAUUCUAGUCCCAUCGGACUUGGACAGCUCUUCAUCGUUGGCGAGGCACUAGCUUCGACUCAAAAGUUGGCAAAUAGCAUUGCUUCCAAGGCCAGAGUAGGCAUGAUUCACGCACCAUACCCUGGGCAAAAGGCUACAGCCGGUAACUUCGGAUUCGGUCUUGGCGGGCUUAUGGAGGUUGAGCUAGGCCCUUGUGCCGAAUUCUCUCUCUACCACCUCAUGGACCUGGAUCCCGGCGAGCAGCGUUUAUUCCCUGUCAACAGCAACAUGCCUCAGAAACUCGAAGGGCCGUUAUUGCGAGGCACCAUCUCCAGGAUCGGCAAGGGAUCGUCGAAGCUGAGAAACAAGAACUUGAUUGAGAUCGAAACUACUAUUGACCCGCGUUCUCAAGGUGCUGAACAUAUCGCACCCAGUCCGGACCAACCUAUCCAGGAUCCCAAGAUUCUUUCAGAUCUCUGUCGUAUUCUCCGUUCCAAGAAUGCCGGUCCAUAUGAAAUUACUAUAGAUGCGAUGUUCUCGUCAAAGACCAACUACGAUACGAUCAAAGCAUCCGGUAUUCUGUCAUCGAGUAAGGUAGCAAAUGCUAUUGGGAUCACCGAGGAGGACGUCAUAUGGAUUGGUUUCUUUGAUCCCGCAUUAUCCUUCAAGGUCACAAUUCCUAGAAUCAGAAUGGGAGUGAGAAAGUCGGCUGGUGGCUUCAUGGAGAACGAUAUACAUGGUUCGCAAGAGCAUAUUGGGCUUGCUAAUAUGAAGCUACCUGAGAACCUCUUUAGUCGUUAG